CGGACAGAAAUUUGUAGCACAUUUUCAACAUAUCUCAAACAUCUUCUCUCCAUUUUUGCUUAGUUGUUUCGGUUUACCUUCUCCGGUAUUCUUCAAUUUUUAAAAAGUUUUGAAGAAGAUCUAUCAUGGGUUCGAUUUCCAUCCUUUAUGUGUAACCGGAAGACAAUCGCCCUGAAUACAGGACGGUUAAGUCGCGGAGUUUGCCAUGUAACAAAGGCAUGAAAGACGGGAAGAGGCUGCCGGCGUGAAUGAUCUUUGAUGGGGUCUAACGGUGGCAGGGCCUGGCUCUUCAUCUUCGUAGUCUUCUUCUUUUCGUCUUUCUCUUCAACCGUUGAUUGCUCCGGCUACUACGAUCCCAUUGCUUUAGACGCUUUAAUUCAUAGUUACGCGAAUCAGACAUUGUCAAAGCAGCGGAAGGGCGCUCUGUACAAUGUUCCCCUGCCUUCAAAUUUCUCCGGAACGAACGUCUCCGUCAUCAGGCUACGCAGCGGCAGUAUCUGGGGAAGAGGUGCCAAUCUCGGUUGGCUGACUAUCCCGCCGAGGGUUAAAACGAUACCGUACACUCAGAGAAUCGCCGUGGUGUAUCAGAAUUUGGGUAACUUGUCCUCCAAGUACUAUCAAGUCCCCGGAUACAACGUGGUUGCUCCGGUCAUCGGAUUCAAAGCCUACGACGUCUCAAAUAUAAGUGCAUUGGGCGAUCAAGAGCUCGCCUUCAAUAUCACCGCCGAUCCAAUUUCAAUCCAUUUCCCCGAUGGAACGGAAACCCAAAACAAAACGCUUCAAUGCGUUAAGUUUAGGGAUGGUGGGUCGGUGGAAUACUUGAGAAAUUUGACGGGGCCGAACGUGUGCACAACUCUCGAUCAGGGGCAUUACACUCUCGUCGUUGUUUCUUCUCCGUCAAGAGGGUCGGAGGAGAAGAAGGGGAGAUUGUGGAGAUGGUGGGUGAUCGGGUUCGCAGUCGGGUUUAUUGGGUUGGUUUCGUUGAUUCUGGUCGGAGUAUUGGUCGUUAAACUAGUUAGACGACGGAGAAUCAGAAAAAUGGAGAAGGAAUCGGAACAAGGUGUGGCCUUGGACCCAUUUUGGAUUAGUGGAAGCAAAAUGCCUUCUGCAUCAAUGUUAAGAACACAACCAGCCCUUGAUGACAAUGAUUCCGUUCCUUGACAACAAUAACACAACUCCUUUUGUUUUUUAAUUUUUUUUCUUCGAAAUUCUUAAGGUUUAUGUAGGAAGAUUGUGCGGAUUGUAGUUUGUGCUAUUCCCAGCAAUUCUUACAUUUUUGUUUGAAUGGUUGAGAAAGAUGCUUUAUACACUCUUAUUUUCCUACAAAUGAUAUGUUGAAAAAAGGGUUGUAUGAUUAGAUUAUACUGGAUUAUAUAAUAAGUUAUUAGAUAAAGUAAAUCUCUUAAUAUAUGAGAUUGUUUUUU